CAUUAUUGUGAUCAUGAAAAAUGGUGGCCCAUAUAUACCAAUGAUGAAAAAUUAACCAUUGCAUGACAUAUUUUAUUGCAGGCCAUGAAAGGAAAGGAGUCUAUAUCACAUGACUAGGGCGGUCCAGCACGCACAACAUGGAGGAGAUAUUAAAAGCCAAUGAGAAGACAUCAGCCUAUGAAGAGCUUCAACAUUAUGACUUCCCAAUUGGCAUUCUUCCUAAAGGGGUGAUAGGCUAUGAGUUGAACUCAAAAACAGGUGAAUUCUCGGCGUAUCUCAAUGGCUCAUGUAGGUUCAUGUUGAGUUCAUAUGAGCUAUUUUACAAGCCUGUGAUAAAAGGUGUUAUAUCCAAAGGGAAGCUUAGGAAAUUGAGUGGUGUUAGUGUUAAAGUUGCGUUUUUAUGGGUUAACAUUGUUGAGGUUAGGAGAAGAGAUGACAAUCUCCAAUUCUCUGUUGGAUUUACUUCUGCAAAUUUUCCUAUUAGGAGCUUUGACAAAUGCCCUCGUUGUGAAUGUGGAUUGUAUUGGGUUAACGAGGAUGAUGGGGAGCCUAGGCAAAAGCUCCUCAUGUCUUCCUCGUAGAGUACUCUAGCAGUGACGUAGGCAGAAUUUUAUGAUUAUAGCACUUUUCGAUUUAUUGUAACAACUUGUCUUGUCACAGGGUUUAGUUGAACUAUACUUUCUAUUCAAAAUUGAUGCUGCUUAAAAGAAAUGCCCUCGUUGUGAAUGUGGAUUGUAUUGUGUUAACGAGGAUGCUAGGCAAAAGCUCCUCGUCUCUUCCUCGUAGAGUCUAACAGUGGCGUACACAAAAUUUUGUGCAAGCAGUGUUAUUUUAUUAUUACA